UUUAAAAACUAUGGCAUCAGAAGAGCAGAAAGAAUUAGCAAAUUUUAUAAAAUCCUUACAUACAAAUCUGCGUACCAACGCAAAAAUACAUGGCGCUGACACAGCAUGGGAAUCUCAUAAGCAACAGAAACAAGUCCUUGAAAAAUAUGCAAAAUAUAUGGAAACAUUGGCAAUCAAAUACUGGGAACCAAAUUCCGAUAAUCAAGACAAAACUGCAUUUUCCCGGAUUAAAUGGUGUGUACAAGAAUGUGAAGAAUAUUUUCCGGUUGGACUCCAAUAUCACAGGCAGCGUGAAAUUGAGAUAAUAAAAAAAAUUGGGAAAUUUGAUUCUCAAAAUGUAGUUUCAAAUAACAUGUUAGAUAAAUUAAGAUUAUUAGAUGUAGGAAGUUGUUAUAAUCCUUUCAAGGCUCAUGAUAACUUGUUUAAAGUCACCGCAAUCGAUUUAUGCCCUGCUAAUGUUAAUGUAAAAAAAUGUGAUUUUUUAAAAGUUGAUUGUGUGAAUUCGAAUAUUAACUUAGAAGACGAUGUCCACGAAAUAAAACAAUUACCAGCCGAGACAUUUGACAUAAUUGUAUUUAGUUUACUCUUAGAAUAUUUACCAUCUAGUGAUCAACGCGUUUUAUGCUGCACAAAAGCGUAUAAAUUAUUAAAAUCUGAAGGUAUUUUAAUUAUAAUAACACCUGAUUCGAAGCAUGUAGGAGCCAAUGCAAAAUUAAUGAAAUCAUGGCGAUAUACAUUGAGUAAUUUAGGCUUUAUGCGCAUUAAAUAUGAGAAAUUAGCACACGUACAUUGUUUAAUAUUUCGAAAAUGUUUGUACCCUGAAGUUGGACACCGAUGGGUUGAAAUGCAUCAAAAUGAUGGCUUUACGUUAAAUGUUUUAAAUAUUCCUCAGGAUUUUGUUAAGUUCGACGAAAAUGUUACAGAUGAAAUUAAGGAAAACUGCGAUUCGAGCCUUUUUACUGAAUUACCACUAAUUUAAAGGCAUUAACUUAAUAUGGGCGCAUACUUUUCCAAAAAUUUCAUAAUAUACCAAAGAGGACUAAUGUGCUUUUAAAGCUCGAUGUAAUAUAAUUAUAAAGCGCGAAGGGGGAUAAUCAUUGGAAAUAACCUGUAGCCCUUAGCCAUACUACAUAAUCCAGUGGGAUAUAUGAGAGCUAUACUCCAGAACAAUUUCUUCAGUCGAGAUCUUAAAAGAUUAUCGCUCAAUCGUCAGCCAGAUUUCAGUGUUUUAACGACUACAUAGGGAUGAUCAAGAUGUAGAAAGCAUAAAAAUUCAUUUGGCGAUUAGAUGAAUAGUUUCGAUAUAUUUCUCCAGAAUCACAUCAAAAUAAGAUAUUUUCGUAUCAGAUUUUAGACCAUAUUUCAAGAACGACGGUCUAAAUCGAUUAAUGAAUCCGAUUUUUGUAUUUUUUUUAAAUAAAAACUUAUUUUUGCAA